ACCCCCCACCCACCCGCACGCACUCUCUCUCUCUCUCUCUCUCGCACUCUCUCUUCCCCCCUCGCCUCCCCUCCCAUCCUCCCCCAACGCAUUUAACCCAUACCCACCUCAAAUUUACGACAACUGUACAGAUCACCCGCGGGUCCCGGCGGAUUCCUCGCCAUGAACGCCGCUGCGACAACGACGACGACGACGACGACGACGACGUGCCGGUCCAUACUCGACAAACCCCUCAACCAGCUCACCGAGGAGGACAUUUCCCAGCUCACCCGCGAAGACUGCCGCAAAUUCCUCAAAGAUAAAGGAAUGCGCAGACCCUCGUGGAACAAAUCGCAGGCGAUCCAGCAGGUGAUUUCCCUCAAGGCUCUGCUCGAGCCGAGCGUCGACGAUUCCGCCUCAGGAGUUCUCAGGAAGGCCGUCGUUUCUCUUCCGCGCGCGACUUCCAAUUCGGUUGAUUCGGUUAAGGAACCGAGUCCUGAUGUCCAAGUUUCAUUAUCGGCAGAAGAAUCACAAGGGAGAAAGGAUCCGCCCAAAUCGGCUCCUUCUGGGGAUCGAUCGGCUGAUAUAGAUAACAAUGCCGUUAGUCCCAGGAGUCCGUGUGCUACAAAUCCUUCAGUGGGGCAAAUGACGAUUUUCUAUUGUGGCAAGGUGAAUGUGUAUGAUGGAGUGCCAACUGAUAAGGCACAAGCAAUCAUGCAUCUUGCUGCAAGUCCGAUCCAUAUACCUCAGGAUGAUGCACUUUGUGGAGCUGCAGCUCUUUGGUCUCCAUGCCAUUUACAGAUAUCGAGUGAGAAAGAUCACCUUAUUCCUCCUUGUAACAAUAUCUCGCACAUCAUGCAAACAGAGAAGAUGACAGAAUAUGCUCAGCAGUAUAGGGACAAAGGGAGCAUUCCUCGUGACCCUGAUGUAGAGGGUCAGGCGAACAGAAAGGUCUCACUGCAGAGAUAUCUGGAAAAGCGGAAAGACAGGGGAAGGUUAAAGAUCAAGAAAAAUAUGGGAUCAACAACUUCUAGUUUGGAGAUGUACUUAAACCAUCAAGUGAGGACACAUGCCCCAAAUGGAAAAUCAAGCCGGAGUAGCACCAGCUCUCCACGACAGCAUGGACUACCACAAACCUUGGUUAGUUCUGUCGACAAUCAGCUAAAGAGUGCUGGUCUUGCUGUUGAUCUCAAUGACAAAGAUGUCCUAGACUGCUGAAUUGGAAUCGCUCUUUAGGUCAGACGGUGUUUGGAGUUAAAUUGAGAGCCGUGCUUAGAUGAUCACUAGGCUAAACAUAAAUGGGGAAGAAGAAACCAAUGUGACAGCCCCCUCUAUGGCCUGCCUUUUGCAUGAUUUGUGCUGGCUCAACGGACAGUAAGUCUUGUAAUGUCUAUUUCUGGAGAAGCUGCUUUGGAGAAUUGUCUGUUCUGAAUGGGGGGCGGGCCAGUUCGCACUAACCUGAUCAAUUUUGUAAUGCCAACAAUCAUUUUUCCAUCUUUAGGAAUCUCUUUCUCGAGGGUAAGAUUUCUUGGUUGAGAUUAGAGCCGGAAGCAGCCAUUUUCCGUUCAUUAUGUAAAUGUAUGCUUUAUGUUGCUAUGCUAUUGCUAAUAGCUUAUUCUACAAGUUGAAGUAGUUUUAUUUUAUUCA